AUGCAACAAUAUUAUAAAAUCAAAAUUAUUUUAGUUGGGAAAACAAAGCCACUUGUGUUAGAAAAAUAAGACACAACCUUGAAAGUUUUCUAAAUUUUAUAAGCAGAAGAAGAAAAAUUUACAAAAAGAAGAAAUUUGAAUUUCUUCGUUCCAGUUUUGAAUAGAUUUGUCAACAUUGAUGAAACAAAAUUAGAAUACAUUUUGGAAAAUACGGAAAGCUGGUCAUUUGAAUUGAAGGAAGAUCAAUCAUAGAAAAAGCAAACUAAUAAAUACAGUUGA